AUGUCUGAGCAUGAUUCAAAAGAAGGUCCAUCAUUAGAUUCAAAUUCAAAUAUUGAUCCUUUGGAGAGGCAACCAAUUAUCAUAAAUCAUGAUGGUAGUAUUACAAGGCUCAUGCAAAUAUCAAAUAUUGAACCUAAUCAAGACCUAAACAAUGUUGUUUUAUCUAAAGAUGUCUCUCUUAACCCUAUUAACAAAACCUCGAUACGUUUCUUUCUACCUCAAAAAGCACUUAACAAUUCUAAAAAACUCCCUAUAAUUGUCUACUAUCAUGGAGGGGGUUUUGUAUUUUUUAGGGCUUCUUCAACAGUCAACCAUGACUUUUGCUUCAAAUUAGCUGAAAAAGUUAAUAUUAUGGUUGCCUCUGUGGAUUAUCGUCUAGCCCCGGAAUCACGUCUCCCCGCUGCCUAUGAUGACGCGGUUGAGGCAUUACAUUGGUUGGUAAAUGAGGAAUGGGUGUGCCAAUUUUGUGACAUGUCGAAUUGUUACCUUAUGGGAUCUAGUGCAGGAGGGAACAUUGCGUACCAUACAGGUUUACGAUGUGCCAUGACGGUUGAUGGGUAUGGCUUUGACCAGUUGAGGAUCAGAGGAUUGAUAUUGCACCAACCUUUUUUUGGUGGAUCCCAAAGGACAAAUUCAGAGUUAAAAUUUAAAAAUGAUCGAGUUUUGCCUCUGAAGGCGAAUGAUCUAAUGUGGAAAUUUGCAUUGCCUAAGGGAGUAGGCAGAGACCAUAAAUUUAGUAAUCCAAUGGUCAUGGAUGAAGGAGAUAAUAAAUGUUUUGAUGAAAUCAAACGAAUGAGAUGGAAGAUUCUUUUCACAGGUUGUGAUGGAGACCCUUUGAUUGAUCGUCAACUCGAGUUUGUGGAGAUGUUGAGAAGAAAAGGAGUUAAUGUUGUGGAAUACUUAAGAGAAGGUUUUCAUGGGAUGGAAAUGUUGGAACCGAACACAGAUGGACCACUUUUUGAACAAAUAAAAGAUUUAAUAAAUUUAUGUUAA